AUUUAGGCAAGCUGUCGGGAAUGAAGUGUGCUCAAGGUGCUUUUGUGUUGUUAAAUUCGCUUGAGUGUGCUUACUGGGAUGGCGCAAUUUUCGAAAGACGCGGUAUGGUAUCGUUCGCCUGCGAUACACUUCAGUCGCGUUGGUGGCUGCAUGCGAUUUGACGUAUUCUGCGCGCAGUGAUGUCACUUGUCAGCUUAUUUUAUGAAAUGUCAAACGUUUUACAUGUAACGCGCGAGUGAAUAGUAAACAAAUUGACAGUGAAAUUGAUAUCGAUGCUGUGAAAUUAAAUACGAGUGACAUGGACUGUUAUUACUCGAAAUUUUAUCCAAGGCGUAAGUGACAAAUGGAAAGUUUGCGGUGAUCAAUAGACGCGAUGCAUCCAGCAGGGUACUACGCGAAUCUUGCGAGCGGCGCGCUCGCAGCCGGCACCAUUGCGUCCCCCUGGAGCACGGCGGCCGGCGCGCCCGACACCAAUGGCUCGGGCGGCGCCGACGCAAAGCACCUGGACGUCGGCGAUGCCAGCGACGAUGAGAAGGAUAUGUCCGCGGCUGAUGCGGAGGGAGUGUGGAGUCCAGACAUUGAGCAGAGCUUCCAAGAGGCCCUGGCCAUCUACCCGCCGUGCGGCAGGCGCAAAAUUAUUCUCUCCGACGAGGGCAAGAUGUACGGAAGAAACGAGCUGAUAGCAAGGUAUAUAAAAUUGAGGACAGGAAAAACGCGCACGAGAAAACAAGUGUCAUCCCACAUACAGGUGCUAGCUAGGCGGAAACUUCGAGAAAUUCAGGCCAAACUCAAAGUGGAUGGUGGGGUGAUGAAAGAAAAGGCCAUGCAGUCAAUGAGCACACUGUCUAGCGCACAGAUCGUAGCGGGUAUACCGCACCCAGCGUACCACCAUACGGUACUCAACUUGCAAAAGCAAUUUUGGCAGCCGGGUCUACAAGCCGGACCUUCACAAGACGUAAAACCGUUCCCUGGUGCUGGUUACAAGGGUGUCCCAGGAGUAGGAGGAGUGGGAGUGCCGAGUGGGACAGAUGUCGCGCCGCCACCGCCAUGGGAGGGCCGCGCCAUCGCCACGCAUAAACUACGCCUUGUAGAGUUCUCAGCCUUCGUUGAACACCCACGGGAUCCUGAAACGUACCCAAGUUCGGCGCCGGCGCAACAUCUAUUCGUGCAUAUAGGUGGCACCGUUACGUACGCAGAUCCUUUAUUAGAGUCAGUGGACGUACAACAGAUUAAUGAUAAGUUCCCAGAGAAGAAAGGUGGCCUCAAAGAAUUAUAUGAGAAAGGUCCACGGAAUGCGUUCUUCCUCGUCAAAUUCUGGGCAGACUUGAACACAAAUAACCUGGACGAUCCUGGAGCCUUUUACGGGGUCACUAGUGUGUAUGAAAGCAACGAGAACAUGACCAUAACGUGUAGUACGAAGGUGUGUUCGUUCGGCAAGCAAGUUGUUGAGAAGGUGGAGACGGAGUAUGCUCGCUUUGAGGGCGGUCGCUUCGUGUACCGCAUACACCGGUCCCCCAUGUGCGAAUACAUGGUCAACUUCAUACACAAACUGAAACAUCUACCUGAGAAGUAUAUGAUGAACAGCGUUUUAGAAAACUUCACUAUACUGCAGGUGGUGUCAAACCGAGAUACACAAGAGACAUUAUUAUGUGCAGCGUUUGUGUUUGAAGUGUCGAACAGUGAGCACGGCGCGCAGCAUCACAUCUACAGGCUCGUCAAAGACUGAACGCCGCACACCCCCGCACUACCCGCUCGUUGUACGAGACAACCAUUCCUUACGCAACCCGAAUGCAGACUGCGCUGUAUCACUAUACAGCGCCACUCACCACCGGCGCAUGCGCGUACAACACACACAAUUAACCCUCAAGCAUGGAAUUGAAAUCACCUUUCCACUAGAGUUAAAUGCGCAUACGCCGGGUAAACAAGUAUAUAUGUACAGUAACUACUAAUGUAAUAGACUAUGUAACCGCGACAGCCAUCAUGGCGCUCCCUCGCGGCCCUCUACGAGUGCUGUCCUAAUUUCACUCUGCUCGUACUUUCUCUUUAGAUUCAAAAAUAAAAAUAUUUGUUAUUAAAACCUAUAAUAGCAAAAUGUGAUCUGAAAAUUACGCUACAAGUAUUUUUGUAACUGAGUGUUUAUUAUACAUAGCUCAAUUUUAAAUAUUGUCUAUCGUAGUCCUGAUCCCUUGAAUCGGCAACUGAUUGAUCGGUGUCAUCAGUACCUCUAUGGGCUCCCUGUCUAUAUCACGUAGGUCUAUCCUCUUGAGUUUUUCAUAAUGCUCUCGAUUCUAAAAUGUGUCUAUAAGGUUCUAAGAUAAAGAGAGUAACAAUAAUAUUUUAAAUAAUUCUUAAAAUACAAAAUAUCGUUCGGUAUACUUCGCGUGUAAAAAUAUCAUUAUAUAAAAUUAUAUAGAUUGAAUACACACAGUGCCUCUAUAAUUAUGUUACAUUAACAUAAAUUACUUGAGCAUAUUUAGUCUUUUCACUGCGUUAAAAUAUUGAAGAGAAAUUAAAAUAAGAUAAUGUUAAAGUGAAAAGGUUAAAGUUUAGUGUAGUAUACCAUGGAAAUAAUAGAUUUAAUAAGAGUAAAUAUAGAAUUACGACACCUAUUCUUUUCAGUUAAGUGCUCAUGGUACAAUUUACCGUUGCUAUUUUUAGUUAUCUUUUUAAACCAGUCCAACUUACUUCUGUCCUUUAGUAUAGAAAAUCUUCAUAAAAUAAUUUGGCAACUAUUGUUUUCUUUCGAGUAUUUUAUUAUGCUUUAAUUAUUAUUUCAUUUUGCCUUGAUACUUUUAGGUCUUUUUGAGACAUAGCAUUUUAUUUAGUUUCUAUGUACGUUUUGCCGAUUUGACUUACUAUUGCAGUCUUUGCCACAUUAAAUACUAGGUACUUAGGGUAUGGUAUUGUACCUACAUUGUACAUAUUCUAUUGUUAUGUACGUAAAGUUGAUAGUGUCCAUGUGUUCACACGGUCUGCCAGAUCUAAGAAUGUGUAAAUGUAUCAUAUGUAACUAGGCCUGUACGAUCGUGUAUCUCAAUAUGUACAUAUCUGACAUCAGGAACAUUUUCUCUACAAGGACGUCAAUCUUCGCGCGUUCCGAGGCAGCUUUACCCUCCAGACCCUUCUCUGUCCAGCGUUUUCCAUUUCAACAGUACAUCCACACAUCCUUCUAAUUUUCCAGAAACUAAUACAAAGCAAUAUGGCCGCUUUUGCUUCCAAUUUCAAAGUACAAAUGAGUGUCCACAGUACUCGACAUACUUGCAUGAAUAUGUAACGUGGCAAUGAUUUGAUCUCUCUUUUAGUCAAAUAUAUUUAGGGUCCUCCCGUGCGUGCAAUGGUGCGCUCAUUUAAUUUUACACAGUGUUAAGUUUAUGUGCAUUAAAUAGUAUUUAGUUUCAAGACAUGAGGUAGGAAAAUAUUAUCUUAGAUAAUAAAAAUAAGAGAUUUUUGUAUUUAUUUGAUAGAGUUAUAUUAGAUAAAUUGUAAAGUGAUUAGCUAUAAGGUUCUUUUUUAUAUGGCGAUAGUCGUUCAGGAACUUAUCCGUGAAGUUGUCACAUAUUUAGUACUUAAGAGAAACUUAAUUUUUGUUGCAAUUGUAGAUUCCUCUGUCCAAUACUCUGUAAUGUAUGAUUUGUUUGGUCGAAAUUAUCCUUUUUCCACGAUUGUUAAAGAACCGUACGACAACUUGAUGUCUUCUAUUUGCAAUACGACGGCGUGUUCAAUAAUUAGUGAAAAAGAUCUGCCCUGUUGUGAUUUUAUAUUUUUAAUGUUAAAUAUGUACUCAAUGAAAUGAGAUUAACUCAAUGUUAUUCGAGUCCAGCGCGAUGGCUCCGGACUGGAAUAUAGUUUACUAAACUUAAACAUGGAAUUGUUUGAUGCCGAUGGCAAUAUUCAAUAUAGGUAUCGUUAGGUCGUGUUGUGUAAAUAAAAUAAUUUUAGCGCAUUUCUUUCAGUUAGUAUUUGUAAGCGUUUUUUGCUUCUAUACAAGUCUUUCAUAUCGACAAUCAGCCAUAUCAAUAUGAAAAUAUAAAAAGAAUUAGUCGGCGAAGUUGGAGACAAUCAUUUGCAAUCGGACGCGAGUACCUUCAACUUUAUAUUGUUCUAAGUUUUUAUGAAUAUUUCUUUGCCGAUUUAUUUUCAAUCGAAAUGGCAAAUGAUUUUUUACAAUACUAGCCGACAGUGUACAGUAUUUUAAAGAUAAUACUACGUUAAAGAUUUGUAUGAAAAUUUAAUUAUAUUGUCUUCAUAAAAA